AAUAACCCCGGACCAGGCGGCACAUCAGUAAGCAGGACGCGCUUGAAUGAUGCAGAUGGAGGAGAGGAAAGCUCUUCCGCAUGGAAUGAGUGCUUCAUCGGAUACCCAGCACCAUCAUGCCUCUGCGCCAAACACGGUGCUAGCAGGCUCGCAGAUGACCCCGAACGUCGAAAACAACCCCAUCGAUGGGGCCGCGUCGACGUCGCAGGAACACGGGAAACAAAUCAACCCGUCGUCCAAGGGAGACGUUGCAUACUACCAAAGCGGGAACAUGCAAGGAUAUCCCCCGCAGCAGAAUGGCAUCAUUGGCACGCGACGACAGGCGACGUGCCCUGCGUGCAUGUCCCACACGAUCCCGUCGAACGUUGUCUUGGAACCAUGCCAGCAUCAAUUCCAUUACCAGUGCAUUGACGUGUACACCCAGAACGCGAAGAUCUGCCCCGUCUGUCGGGUUCCCAUCCAGCGCCACGUACCGCUCGGUCGCCCAACCCCAUCCUCGAUGCAACAACAACAACAGCAGCAUCAACAACCCGAGUACCCAUCGCAACCGCCAUCAGGUUAUCCAAUGUCGUCGGCAAAUCAACAACAGCCACCCCCGCACAUGAUGCACAACAACAACAAUGUCGCCAUGCAAACAUCCCAGGGUGGUGGGCCGUCGUCGUCCGCCGUCGGCCACUUUGCGAGCGCGAGUGUGUACGAGUUGCCACCCGAAGUGUUUCUAGACAACUCGUACGAACAGAGUGGGACGAGCUCGAUACAAGCGUCCAAGAUGCGCAAGGGGAAAUGGACGUCGGAGGAAGCGGCGUACUGCGAUCGCCUCAUCGAAGAGUUCAAGCACGGGAACUUGCCGCUGGCCGAAGGCACGACGCUGCGCACAUUUCUAAGCAAGUUGCUCAACUGCGACCCCAUGCGAAUAUCUAAAAAGUACACGGGCAACCAAUGCAUUGGCAAGAUUAUAUUUCGCCGCAAGUCCAAGGAACCGACGAAAGACGAGAUUGAAAUGACUCGCAAGCAACUUGCUGAGCUCGAACGCAUCUACCUCGACCGCGAACGCAUGAACCAGCAACGCAGGGAGAAGCGCCUUGAAUCCGAAGUGAACCGCGACCGCAGCAGGCUGCUCUCGGCGCGGAACCUCGUGUACGCACCGCCGCCGCCUCAACAGACGACAGCGUCGGCUGCGAUGCUCCAUCACCACCACCCGAACUACCCAAACUACCACCACCCCCCCCCCACAACAUAUCAGCAGCACUCAUCCUUCCAGCAACCACCCCCCGGGUACGCCGCCGCGCAUCCGUCGUUGGAGCCGCCGCCAGGAGCAUCGGCGCCCAAACCGCCGACGGCUCCCCCCGCCGCACCAACGUCCUCCAAGGACGUGGAAAACAGUCAUUCGAAUAUCAAGACAGAAGUGGUGGCGUCGACUCCCCACAAUGGCACGAUGAAGCGGGAGCAUAGCUUGGCCAUGAUGCACGACAAGGACGCGUUGCCGCGCAUUUCCUCGGUGGACAGCUUCUCGUCCAUGUUUCCGCGCAUCGCGUCGCUCGAUUGCUUCCAGAGCCUAUCGUCGCAUCGCCCGCCGCCGCACCAUCCUCCUCCUUCCCAGCAUCAUCAUAGUCUGUACCGAUCGCCGUCACUCGAGUGCCUCAACACGAUUCCGCGGGUCGGGUCCCUCGAGCAGUUUUCCAACUUUAUUGCCAACAUGCCGCCAGAACCCACGUCCAAGGCGGCGGUAUUAUCCGGGACGACGGGUACUACUACUAGUACUACUACUACUAGUAGUAGUAGCCCGCCGAAACCCGCCAAGCCCCCGACGGCGGCGGCGUUCCCGAGGAUCGCGUCGUUGGACCGGCUCCACUUGCCCCGCGCGCCGUCGAUGGACAGACUGCCGCGGAUCAACUCGACGGAUGGAUUCCUGCCGCACGUGCCGUCGUUUGGGAGUUUCAGUGCGUUCGGGUCGUUUAGUAACCUCGGUGUCCUCACCACGAAAGACAAGGCAGGGACUACUAGUAGUACUACGGGGCACUCGUCCAUCGAAGACAUUUUGUCGCUGGUGGCGGCGUCGGGGGACGGACCCGCCGACAAGAAGCGCAAAGCUGCGUCGACGUCGUACGCGAGUCUCGCAGACCACGACCUCCAUGUGGACAAGAAACCAUCGUACCAUCGAAUGUAGUCUAUCGCGUUGUGUGGUUGAGGAUAAUGUGAUAUAAUAACCUCCCCUGUCGCUGUCGUUCAAAUGCAA